CAACCUGGCACACACCCGCCGUUCCCAGAGCAACAGGGAAAAUGGCAGCCCUCACGACCCUCACUCAGUUGUCGAGUGGGAACCCACUGUUUGAAAGUUUCUACCGACAGGUGGACCCAGGAAAUACUGGGAGAGUUGGACCUACAGAGGCUGCCUUAUUCCUAAAGAAAUCAGGCCUACCUGACAUCACUCUGGGAAAAAUCUGGGACCUAGCUGAUCCAGAAGGAAAAGGAUUCUUGGACAAACAGGGAUUUUACGUUGCUCUGCGGCUUGUGGCCUGUGCACAGAGUGGUCAGGAUGUCUCCAUUGCAAGUUUAAACCUCACUGUGCCCCCUCCCAAAUUCAAGGAUCCUAGUAGCCCAUCAUUAAGUGGCACAUCAGGUGACAGUCACUGGGCAGUUAGGCCUGAGGAGAAGAGCAAGUUUGAUUGUAUUUUUGAAAGUCUUACUCCAGUGAAUGGAUUACUCUCUGGUGAAAAGGUCAAACCAGUUCUUAUGAACUCCAAGCUACCUGUGGAUGUUUUAGGAAAGGUUUGGGAUCUGAGUGAUAUAGAUAAAGAUGGACACUUGGACAAAGAUGAGUUUGCAGUGGCCAUGCACCUGGUGUACCGGGCCCUGGAGAAGGAGCCAGUUCCCUCUGUCCUUGCCUCCUCUCUAAUCCCUCCAUCCAAAAGGAAGAAGUCUGCAGGCCCAUUACCUGGCAUGGCUCCUGUAUUGCCUGGCAGCCCUCCACCUCCAAAGGACAGUCUGCGCUCCACGCCCUCCCACGGCAGCAUGAAUUCUCUCAACAGUGCUGGGAGCCUGUCGCCCAAACACACCCUCAAAUCCACACAGCACUCUGUGAACUGGGUGGUGCCAGCAGCAGACAGAGGGCGCUACGAUGACAUCUUCCUGAAAACAGAUGCAGACCUCGAUGGCUUUGUCAGUGGCCAAGAAGUGAAGGAAAUAUUCAUGCAGUCUGGCCUUCCCCAGAGCAUUCUAGCGCACAUAUGGGCUUUGGCGGACACACGGCAGAUAGGCAAGCUAACCCGGGAACAGUUUGCCCUGGCCAUGCACCUCAUCCAGCAGAAAGUGAGCAAAGGCAUGGACCCUCCGCAGGCCCUCACCCCAGACAUGAUCCCGCCGUCCGAGCGGGGCACUCCCAGUCUGUCUGGGUACAUGACGCCUGUGGGGUCAGAGAUGGCCGCCCUGACGGAGAUGCGCAGGGACAGCUCCAGUUCUGUGGGGUCUGGAGAGUUUACUGGGAUCAAGGAACUGGAUGAUAUCAGUCAGGAAAUCGCUCAGCUCCAGAGGGAGAAAUACACGCUGGAGCAGGACAUUAGGGAAGCAGAGGAGUCCAUCAGACAUAAAACCACUGAGGUUCAGGAGAUGCAGAAUGAUCUGGACCGAGAGACGUGCAGCCUGCAGGAGCUGGAGGCCCAGAAGCAAGACGCCCAAGACCGCCUGGAUGAGAUGGACCAACAGAAGGCCAAGUUGGAGGACAUGCUGAAUGAAGUGCGGCAGAAAUGUCAGGAGGAGUCCCAGAUGAUCUCGUCCUUGCAGACCCAGAUCCAUUCUCAGGAGUCUGAUCUGCUGAACCAGGAGGAGGAGCUGAGCCGGGCCAAAGCGGAUCUGAGCCGCCUGCAGCAGGAGGAGAGCCAGCUGGAGCAGAGCCUUCAGGCGGGCAAGAUCCAGCUGGAGACCAUCAUCAAGUCCCUCAAGGCCACGCAGGACGAGAUCAACCAGGCUCGCAGCAAGCUAUCCCAGAUCCAAGACAACCAGCACGAGAUGAGCAAAAGCAUCGAGCAGUACAGCAGCGCGCUGAACGGCACGCACGGCGGCAGCAUGACCAACCUGGCCGACAUGAGCGAGGGCUUCCCCGAGAAGGAGAAUGGAGGCUUCGGGGCGAUGGAGGACCCUUUCAAAGUGAAGAGCAACGUGUUCAACAACACCUCCCAGGAGAUGCCCACGGACCCCUUUCAGUCAGAAGACCCUUUUAAAACCGACCCUUUCAAAGGCGAUCCUUUCCAAAACGACCCCUUUGCCAAGCAGCCUCCUACAGCCACAGAUCCGUUUGGGGGCGAUCCUUUCAAAGAGGCAGACCCCUUCAAGACCACGUCGGAGGACUUCUUCAAGAGGCCGGCCAAGGCCGAUCCCUUCAUCAGCUCCGACCCUUUCAGUAAAAGUGCCACUCUCCCUUCAAAGACUCAUCAUUUUUCAAGCAAUGACCCUUUCACUUCCACCAGCCCCAAACCAAAAGGCUCAGAUCCCUUCGGGACUCUGGAUCCCUUUGGGAGCAGCGCAUUUGGCGGCGGCAGCAGUGGCUUUGCUGACUUCAGCCAGAUGUCAAAGCAAAGCUUCUCAGACGACCCCUUCAGCCGAAAGCAGGACACCCCUGCUCUCCCUCCCAAGAAAAGUGUACCACCACGCCCCAAGCCGCCCAGUGGUAAAAGCACCCCGACUAACUCGCCUGGAUCAGCCAAGCCGAGCGAUCCCUUCCAGCCCUUCGGCUCUGACGCUAACGACCUGUUUGAGAGUAAAAAGGGGCUCGGGGACCCGUUUAGUGGCAAAGACCCCUUUGCUCCGGCCGCUUCAAGUAAAGCCUCUAAAGACUCUUCAUUGGGUUUUGCAGAUUUCAGCUCUUUUGGGAAUGAGGCACAGCAGAUGGAGUGGGCGAAGCGUGAGAGCGAGAGGGUGGAGCGAGAGCGGCUGAAGAGGCUCCGUCAGCAGGAGCAGGAGGACUUGGAGCUGGCCAUUGCCCUCAGCAAGGCAGAGAUGUCCAACACCUGACCGCACCUUCCCUCACGCACAUCCCCCUCACACCUCCUUGUCUGCUGACAGAGGGCGCUGUGUGUGUGUGUGUGUGUGUGUGUGUGUGUGUGUG